UUUAAACAAAUUAAAUAAAUUAGUAUAUGUUUACUCAAGAAUAAAGAAGAUAGAAAAGAAAAUUCUAUAUGAGCUAAAUUUGCUGGAGGAGGCAUCGGACGUGGGUACCAGACCUUUCCAAGCACACGAGUAGUGCUUAGCCAUGUCAUGCUAACAUACACCAUUUGGUUCAUACAAAAUCCAAAUCAAAAUCUAUUUUUAAAAUCUUUUGCACACGUCUUUGAAAAACACCUCUCAUACUAUAGCUACGGAAGCUUCAAUUUCAAGGUUUGUCUAAAAGCUAACGAUUAUGAAUCGGCGCUACGAAAAGCCACCGCCAUUGUCAGUUUCCUCCAAAGGGAAGAAGAAGCAUUUUGUCAAUCACACAGCUCCCAACACUCCUGGAAAUUACGAGAGGACUCAAACCAGUCCAACGUUAUCAACGGCUCGAUCACACGAACCCGAUGAUAAGCUCAAUUACGAGAUCUUCUCAAUUCUCGAAAGCAAAUUUCUCUUUGGUUACGAAGACCCAAGGCUACUAUGGAUUCCUCAGAGUCCAUUACGACCCGGUGAUUCCGAAGCAGGUCCUUCUCCCAGAUCACCGUUGACUCCAAACGGCGUCGUUCUCCCGGGAACACCGUCUUCAUCUUUCAGAAGUCCGAGAGGAAGAAUCUGCGUUUUGAGCAUUGACGGUGGCGGUAUGAGAGGUCUUUUGGCGGGAAAAUCCCUAAUCUAUUUAGAGCAAAUGCUGAAAGAGAAAUCCGGCGAUCCAAACGCUCGAAUCGCCGAUUACUUCGACGUCGCUGCCGGAUCAGGUGUCGGUGGAGUAUUCGCUGCGAUGAUAUUUGCGACAAGAGACGGCAACCGCCCGAUUUUCAAGGCGGAGGACACUUGGAAAUUUCUCGUAGAGAACGCAGAAGGAUUCUACAGAUCAGGGAGCGGAAGUGGAGGAGGAGGAGCAGGAGCGGCGAUUAAACGGGUCAUAAGAUCUGGAUCCGGAUCCGGAUCAUCUUCAGUAACCGCCGCAACGGCGAAGCUAGAAAAAGCAAUGAAAGCAUCAUUCGCCGAUCUAACGCUUAAAGACACACUCAAACCAAUUCUCAUCUCUUGCUACGAUCUCUCAAGCACGGCUCCGUUUCUAUUCUCACGCGCCGACGCGUUAGAAAGCGACAGUUUCGAUUUUCGUCUCCGAGAUAUUUGCCGUGCCACAUGGGCGGAGCCGGGGACGUUUGAUCCGGUUCGCACGUGUUCCGUCGACGGGAAAACGCGGUGCGUUGCGGUGGGGGGUGGAUUAGCGAUGAGUAAUCCGACGGCGGCGGCGAUAACGCACGUGUUUCAUAACAAACAGGAGUUCCCGGCGGUGAAAGGAGUGGAGGAUUUGUUGGUGUUGUCGCUUGGGACUGGUCAGCUUUUUGAAGUGAAUUAUGAUUAUGAACAGGUUAAGAAUUGGCGCGUUAAGGAAUGGGCUCGGCCCAUGGCGAGAAUCUCUGGUGAUGGGUCUGCUGAGUUUGUUGAUCAAGCUGUUGCUAUGGGCUUUGGGCCUUACCGAAGUAGUAAUUACGUUCGCAUUCAGCAGGCAAAUGGAUCGCGAUUAGGAGCUUGUGGACCGAACGUGGACACGGAUCCAAGAGCAGAGAAUGUGAAGAAACUGACGGAGAUAGCUGAUGAGAUGUUGAAGCAAAACAAUGUGGAGUCGGUUUUGUUCGGAAGCAAAAGGAUAGGAGAAAUGAGCAAUUCAGAGAAAAUAGAGUGGUUUGCGAGCGAGCUUGUCAUUGAGCAGCAGCGACGAAGUGUUAGAGCGUCUCCAACCGUAACGCUAAAGCAAGCUGUGUCCAAAACUAACCGCAAUGCUAUAAACGCAACUCUCACUCUCAUAUCUAAAGAUAGAUGAAAACACCUGUUUUUGGUGCUUCCUAUUGGUUUUUCAUACCUUUUGUUUCGACGUUGAUAUUUACUUGAAAGGGAGAAUUAGAGUGCGAUUCAAAUAUACAAGUCAUUAUUUUAGUUUCAUAUUUCAUAAUGUCCUUUCAAAAUUCAUUUUGAUAUCUUAACUCCAAGUUAUUCAAUUCAUAACACUAUAUGUUAGCAAAUCGAAGGCGUGAUUGAUG